AUGGCUAUGCAGAUCGCGUCCCCCGACGCCCACUACGUCCCCAAGUCCCCACCGCCGCCACCUCCGUCCCCGCCCCCCGACCCGGCGCCGGCGGCCGCCAAGAAGCAGAAGCCGUCGACGUACACGCAGAGCGGCGCUGCGCACGCCGUGACGUUGACGACGGUCUCCGCGCCUAGCAGCAGGGACGGGGACCGGUACCACGACGAUGGCGGCGGCCAGGUGCUCGACGGGAUCAUCCUCGUGAUGCGCGCCAGCGCCGCGCUCUCGGCCUUCGUGGCCAUGUCGCUCGUCGCGUCAUGCCGCCACGGGGACUGGAUGGACUUCCUCCGCUACCAAGAGUACAGGUAUCUUCUCGGGGUCUCUGUCGUGGCGUUCAUGUACUCGGCGGUGCAGGCGCUGCGGAAGUUUCGCCAGAUGCGCCGCGGCGCCGCCCAUGCGAGCUUUCUUGACGUCGCCGGCGAUCAGGCGGUGGCGUAUCUGCUGGUCACGGCGUCAGCGGCGGCUCUCCCGAUCACGAUGCGCAUGAGGUCGGCGGUGGUCAACGUCUUCACGGACGCCAUCGCGGCGUCCAUCGUCCUGGGCUUCCUCGCCUUCGCCGCGCUCGCCUUCUCUGCCAUGCUCUCCGGGUGCAAGCGACAAGCACACUACUAGUACCACUA